AUGGCAGGUACAAAACUAGCAACUCUAUGGUUCAUUGUAUUCUUGAGCAUUGGAUUAGCCAAUGCUGGAAGGGUGGCUAGAUACUCUAGUUCUCAAGGAACAGGAUCUGGAGGGGGCGAAGGUGGGGGUGAAGUGAAUGGUGGUGGCUCAGGAUCGGGGAGUGGAGCUGGUUAUGGCCAGAGUUCAAGAAGCGGUGCGCAUGCAAGCAGUGGAGGUGGAGGUGAAGGGGGUGGCGGUAGCCAAUACGAUGGUACUGGAUCUGGUAGCGGGUCUGGUGCCGGCUCCGGCUCAGGUGGAUAUAGUGAAGAUAUGUAUGAAGGUGAUGUUGCUGGAUCUUCUAAUUCUGGCGGUACCGGUGGUGGCGGUGGUGGAGGACAAGCAACCGGAGAUCAUUAUGGAUCUAGUGGCUAUGGAUCUGGUAGUGGUAGUGGAUCAGGCUCUAGCGAUGCAACUAAUAAAUACUAUGAAGAAAAUACCUAUGCAAAUGCAUAUUCCAAUGGUGGCGGCGGUGGCAGCGGACAUGGCACAAAUGGUGGGAGUGGAAGUGGCAGUGGCACUGGAUCUGGUUUUGGCAAUGCCAACCCGUAA